AGGCGGUGGAGGAAGAGGUGGCGGCGGUGGCGGUGGUCGUAGCGGUGGCGGAGGAGGCGGGUACGAAUCAGCUGCGGGCGGAGACAUGGCCAACAUCGCGGUGCAGCGAAUCAAGCGGGAGUUCAAGGAGGUGCUGAAGAGCGAGGAGACGAGCAAAAAUCAAAUUAAAGUAGAUCUUGUAGAUGAGAAUUUUACAGAAUUAAGAGGAGAAAUAGCAGGACCUCCAGACACACCAUAUGAAGGAGGAAGAUAUCAACUAGAGAUUAAAAUACCAGAAACAUAUCCAUUUAAUCCCCCUAAGGUCCGGUUUAUCACUAAAAUAUGGCAUCCUAAUAUUAGUUCCGUCACAGGGGCUAUUUGUUUGGAUAUCCUGAAAGAUCAAUGGGCAGCAGCAAUGACUCUCCGCAAGGUAUUAUUGUCAUUGCAAGCACUACUGGCAGCUGCAGAACCAGAUGAUCCACAAGAUGCAGUAGUAGCAAAUCAGUACAAACAAAAUCCCGAAAUGUUCAAACAGACAGCUCGACUUUGGGCACAUGUGUAUGCUGGAGCACCAGUUUCUAGUCCAGAAUACACCAAAAAAAUAGAAAACCUAUGUGCUAUGGGCUUUGAUAGGAAUGCAGUAAUAGUGGCCUUGUCUUCAAAAUCUUGGGAUGUAGAGACUGCAACAGAAUUGCUUCUGAGUAACUGAGACAUAGAGCUGCUGAUAUAGUCAAGCUUGCCCCUUCUUGAGGAGCAUCAACAUCUGUUAUUUUUAGGAUUCUGCGUAGAUUUCUUUUAAACUGGCAUUCUUGCCUAAUGAUGUUAUCUAGGCACCAUUGGAGACUGAAAAAAAUCUCUGCUCUGUAAAUAAAGCUAAUUAAACGUCUCUGUAAAUUUAAAAAGGGGAAAUACUUUAAUUUUUUUCUUACUUAAUAGUGUAAAAAUUCUUUGAGCUAAGCUAAAACCAUGGAAAAAACAUGCUACUUUAGUGUUUAGCAGUGUACCAAGACUAGCAAGAGUUUGCUUCAGGAUUUCGUUGAAUAAUUAAGAUAAUAUUUUGAGUGUGUCAGGGCCAUU